AAGUUUGUGCGUUGAAGAUAAAAAUAUAAACUAAUUAACUAAACUAAACCCCUUCUGGACACCAGACGACGACUCGCUCACACUAAAGCCAAACAUUGUACGGACCCAUUUCACUCCUUUUACAGAAUCAGAUCUGUCCUCUGCAAAACAAAUUCCUUGCUUCCUUUUUCUCUUUCGUUCGUUCUUUCCUUUUUCCUAAAUCUGUUUUCAAUGCCCUGACUAUAUGUUUAGUUAAUAACCCAAAAGAAUCCAAGAAAGCAACCAGAAUGAUCAGCUUCCUUUUCAAAAUAAUGGAUAAGUUGUAAAGAUUCUACUCAAAUGGACUCCGAAACAGCGUCGUCGGUGGAUGAACAGGUAGUUGUUGUUGGUGGUGGUGGUGGUUCAGUUGGACCUGAUACAAGAGGUAGGCAUCGGAUUCUUGCUGAACUUAAGCGCGUCGAGCAAGAAAUCAAGUUCUAUCAGGAAGAGUUGGAGGAGCUUGAGAAAACAGACAAUGUGUCAACAGUGUGUGAAGAAUUGCUGCGGAAUAUUGAGACCAUACCUGACCCCUUACUUCCAGAAACAAAUGGUCCUCUAAACCCAAUAUGGGAUCGAUGGUUUGAAGGGCCCCAGGAAUCUCAAGGUUGUCGAUGUUGGAUACUCUAACUCAGCAGUUGUGUUCAUUAUCAGCUGGAGGCUUCAAUAUAUGUCACAUAACAGACUUGGGAACAUGUUACAGCACAAUUAUUACCUCAGUGAAUGAUCCAUUAAUUUUCUACUGUUUGCCACACAGUUCUUAGGUUUACUCAAUAGUUAAUGUAGAAUCUCUUCUCCUGUUCAGAUACAAUUUGUAAAUCAGUCGUCGCUGCUACUAAGAAUGAUUACAUGCAUUUUUUUUUUCCACAA